AUGGCACCUUUGACCCAAGCUCCCCCGGCUCCAGACGUCCGUGGACUCUGCAGCCCGGACUCCAUUCCUGACUCCACGUCCAGGGCCAGCGCGACCCGGGAAAGCCCGCUGCUACCCUUGCAGGCCACACCCAGCUGCCGCCUGUUCCUGUUCCAGAACACGAGCUGGACCCUCGGAAGGCAGACUCCAGACCUCAGACCCGGGCUCUCGACGCCAUGCUUCUCUGAAAAGAGAGAAAACCAGGAAUUUGGUGAGAGAAUAAGAGGUAGCAAUGAGAAGUGGACACAGGAGACAGAGCAUGGAGAGAGAGGUCCCGAGGAGCUGCCUGGGGCGGGCAGGGAACCCCUACUCCAGGCCCCUGAUCUGACUGGAAUCAGGGCAUCCAGAGGGAAUGAGCCUGCAAGAUUGCUUCCUGCACAAUGUUCCUGCCCAGCCCGGGGCAGGCGGCCCAGUACCCCAGAGGUCCCUGAGGAGGUUGAGCAGACCCAGCACAGCUCAGUGCAGGACCCAGCAGCAGAGACCCCCCAGCUCCUACACCAUGGGACCAACCUGCACCAGGCACCAGGCACCAGGCAGCCAGAUGAUCAAGGUCAACUGCUCCAUUCAGCAUCCAGAGUACAACGAACCUCAGGAUCCAGCGACCUCAUGCCCAUCCAGCUGCGGGACCCAGCCACAGCCUCGGACUCCAUCAGCCCCAUGAGCAUCGCCUCCCAGUGUCCCACCCUUGGAACCAGCUGCUUGGUCUUGGACUGGGGUUGGCUGUCCAAUAGUGGUUUGAGGUGUGUCUGUCUCUGGGUCCACCUUCGUCCAUGGCUGUCCCUGUCUAGCUACUGACUCUGUGUCAUCCAUCACAGGAAGCAUUUUGCAGGGUCUGGCUGUCCUGGUGAUGUCCAAGACGUCCUGCAG